AGACUUCGGGAUAACUUCCUGCACUGUACACACACACACACACACACACAUACACACGUAAAAGCAGAGAAAAAGAAGGACCGGAGCUCCGGAAAUAACCGCCAAGUCGUCGUGAAGGACGAAACCGAAUGGAUUUAUUUCACUAAUAAUAAUAAUAAUAAUAAUUCGAAUCGUGAUAAUAAACAACAAUUGAAAGAAAUCCACGGAAACACAACUCCUCAUAAGUGAGUCACACGGAGAGAGAAAUAAUACACACCGCUAGCAUCCAGGCUGCUAGCUAACGUCGGCUUAAAGGACGUGAAGACGCUCGUGCAUUAAAGGGCAGUAUGGUUGAAGUGGUGGUGGAGUAUGAAUAUGAAGCAGUACAUGAAGAUGAACUGACCCUUCGACUAGGAGACGUGAUCAGAAACGUGCGACGGAUAGAGGAAGAUGGAUGGAUGGAAGGUGAAUUAAACGGACGCAGAGGCCUUUUCCCAGACAACUUCGUCAAGGAGUUGAGGAAAGACUCGAAAGAGGAAACGAAGGAGGCGAAGGAGGUGAAGGAAGUGAGGGAGGUUGCGCAACCACAGCGAAGGUCGUCAGGAAACGUGGCCAGCCUGGUGCAGAGGAUCAGCACGUACGGCAUUCCGGCAGGAGGUCUGGGUUUCCAGCCUCGAACGUCCAAAAAGAAGCCGAAAAGACGUCAGUGUAAAGUCCUUUUCGAGUACGUGCCGCAGAACGAGGACGAGUUGGAGCUGAAGGUGGGCGAGAUCAUCGAAAUCUCUGAGGAGGUGGAGGAAGGUUGGUGGAGUGGGAUCAUGAACGGGAAGACCGGCCUCUUCCCAUCCAACUUUGUGAAAGAAAUCGAGGCGAGCGAGGACGGCGAGAGCAACGACGUGGCUGACGAGCCAGACAGUAAAGAUGACGUCUCCAGUCCAGCUUCCCCUCACCCUGGAAACGGGGUCAUCGCACAGCCUAAAAAGAUCAAAGGCGUUGGGUUCGGCGACAUUUUCCGCGAAGGCUCGGUGAAGCUCAAACCUCGCUCGUCUUCGGAAUCGGAGGAAAAGAGAGAAAAACCUAUCCCAUCAUUACCGUCAGCCGCUAAGCCCAGCCCCUUAAACACGUCAGAUGCUCACAAACUGGAGAAAGACGCAGACAGCAAAGGUAAAGUAAAGGAAUACUGCAAGGCCGUUUAUAAUUAUGAGGCGACGAACCAGGACGAGCUAGACAUUAAGGAAGGUGAAAUCGUUCAUCUGCUAAGUAAGGAUACAGGGGAGCCAGGCUGGUGGAGAGGAGAGGUGAAUGGUAGAGAGGGAGUGUUUCCAGACAACUUUGUGGUGCUGAUUUCAGAGUCAGAAAAAGAGACACUUGUAUCCAAAGGCUCAGUUAAGCAGACUCCCAAACACGAGCCGGAAGAGAAACCAAAGAAGCCUCCACCACCGUCCAAAUCUGCAGCACUGAAGCCAGACGUCCCGAGUGCUGACAAGAAGCCCACACAGCCACGACCCGAGGAUAAAGUUGACAGGGCUGUACCGGAGAAACCCGUCAAGCCGGCUGCUCCCCUUGUGCCCCCUAAAAAGCCCGUUCCUCCUCCGGGAAAAGGACUGCUGCGUCCGGCGGCACUGCAGCCCAAACGACCUGAAAAACCUCUCGUUCCGUCUCCAGUAGCGAAGCAUAAUGGGGAGGUUCCCCACACACGACCAAAGUCAGACUUCGAGCCGUCGUUACCCAGCAAACCAAAAACGCUGUCUGGGGACUGGUCUGAGAAGACCGCCACCUUGGAUCUUCUGAGUUUCGACGACGUGUCCUCUACCUCGGAGAAGCUGUCUCACCCCACUGCAAACAGACCAAAGAUGCCUGGCAGGCGACUCCCGGCCCAGUUCGUCGGAGGCCAGUCUCCGAGCAAAGACGCCGGCGAGAACGCUCCAAAACCAGAAGAAGAGGAAGCCCCAAGACCAAAGUCAUGUGAACUGUCCAAGCCUUCCAUCUUAGCGCCGUCGUCCGGCGCGCAUAAGGCGGCGAAUUGUUCCUUUCCUGAGCCCAAAGCGAAAGCUGUGGUGGAGGAGGAGAAAGGCAGAGAACUGGAGGAGCUCAGGACUCAGAUUAAGGAGCUGCUGCUCUCCGUGGAGUUACUGAAGACGCAGCAGACGAGAGAACUUUCAGACUUAAGAAGCGAGCUGGAUGAAGAGCGGCUGAAACGGGUCGCUCUGCAGAUGGAGAUAGAGAAAUUAAAAAAGCAGGUACAAUCAACAUAAGGCGGGACUCCUGUGCUGCUGACGGAAAGCCGUCACGACCUGAUGCUAGCAUCGUUCCCUUAAUCCUUCGAGUCUCUGACCUACUCCAGAAAUUGUAAGAUUGACAUUUGCACAUAAUGAGCGUGUUUUUUGUUUUUUUUUAUGGUAUAGAACGGUGCAAUUAAGACUGAUGUAUAUGUUUUUUCUUGCUGUCUUUUUUCUUUUUAUUUGCCAACAACAUUUGAGGCCUUAUUAUAAACUACUGUGCUGGAUCUGCAGGCUCCAUGGUCAUGUGGCCGAAUUUGCAGUUUAUUACUACUGAAGCUGUAUAAAGUCAUGGAUGGGAUUCUUUUUUCUUUUUUUUUUAUGUGACUGGGUGUAGAUUUCCAAGCUAUUACGAUUGCAGCAAUAAUCCUCCGAUAUUCUCCUCUUCAGAUUACUCUGGAAUAUAUAUAUAAUAUAUAACCUACUCUGCUGCUGUAUCCUUAACCGUAUAUUCUGUCGCUCUGUCAAGCGGGGUCUUUUUCUUGUAAUUGUUCCCUAACCUUUUCAUCCAGGGUGACACUAUCGUGCCUGUUUUACAAAGUGUUAAUAUUGGAAGCUCGUUUAUUUCUUAGCUUUGCAGCAAGACAUAUAUAUAUAUAUCUUUUUUAAUCAGCCAUUACAACGAAUGGGAAUAUAUAUAUAUAUAUAAAUACGUACACACGUAUACGCAGG